GACUGAAUCCCUCUAUUUUCUUUAAUUUUACAAACAUGUCCUUAGACUUAGAGUCUCCAUCGUCAAGCCGGGACUGGUUCUUCCCGUCUCCGUCGUACAUUCACUCCGGCAACCAAACUACCUCCAGGAUCCCUAGCAGACGGUUCUCCUCAAACCCUAGACCCACAAGACCCUACACUUCCGACUCCGUUUCACUUUCCCAACCCUCAUCUCAGUCCCCAAUUUCCGCGCCGCCGCUUGACCCUAGACAUGCCAGGCUACAGCGUCGCGUUGACUUCUAUCGCCGCCGAGAUAGGUCGAAGACGCCGGACAGUGUGGGAUGCCGGAUAGAGGGAACUGUAGAUAUGAUUUUGAGUGGGAAUUCUGAUAGAUCCGAUAACAUUACCUCCUCUCGUAAGAGGGUUUCUAGUAUGAACAGUGUCCAUUGGAUGAAUCGAUGGCAGACUGCAUCUUUAUUGGCUGUCAUGGUGAUGGUGUUCUUGUUUAUAUUGUAUAAGAAUUUAUCAUUACACUAUCAAGUUAUUGAUCUUCAAGAUCAGGUUUAUAAGCUCAGUGUUAAAUUACAGAAUUGUAGUUUGCUGGAUUCUGUGGAUAAUGUCGAUUCCGAUUCCGAACCACAGGAGACUCAGCAAGCUCUUAACAAAAUCUUCAAACUAUCUGCUUUAAUUGCUUCUCUCACAGUAUUAUCCAUCCCGUUUCUCUUCUUCAAAUGCGUCGACAUCAUUUCGAAGAGAAAAUCGUUGGACGACGUAAAUGAAGAGGUUUCUUUGAAUAAGAAGUUAGAAUACAGGGUUGAUGCAUUUCUAUCGGUGAAUCCAUAUGCUAAGCCUCUGGCACUGUUAGUCGCUACAUUGCUAUUGAUUGGUCUAGGUGGAUUCGCACUUUUCGGUGUGACUGAUGAUGGCUUAGCAGAUUGCCUUUGGCUUUCUUGGACAUUUGUUGCUGAUUCGGGUAACCAUGCAAAUUCAGAAGGCCUUGGUCCAAGGCUAGUUUCAGUUUCCACAAGUAUUGGUGGUAUGCUUAUAUUUGCAAUGAUGCUUGGACUUGUUUCUGAUGCAAUUUCUGAGAAACUCGAUUCAUUGAGGAAAGGAAAAAGUGAGGUAGUUGAGCAAAAUCACACAUUAAUUCUUGGGUGGAGCGACAAAUUGGGGUCGCUGCUAAACCAGCUUGCCAUAGCUAAUGAGAGUUUGGGAGGAGGCAUCAUUGUGGUAAUGGCUGAAAGAGACAAAGAAGAGAUGGAACUCGACAUUGCUAAAAUGGAGUUCAAUCUGAGGGGAACAUCUGUUAUAUGCAGAAGUGGAAGUCCUCUGAUUUUAGCUGACCUGAAAAAGGUAUCUGUUUCCAAGGCACGAGCCAUAGUUGUUCUUGCUGAAGAUGGAAAUGCAGACCAGAGUGAUGCCCGGGCAUUGAGGACAGUUCUAAGCCUCACUGGAGUAAAAGAUGGUUUACGGGGACACAUAGUGGUGGAACUUAGUGAUCUCGAUAACGAAGUCUUAGUUAAACUUGUUGGAGGGGAUCUUGUCGAAACUGUUGUGGCACAUGAUGUGAUUGGUCGCCUCAUGAUUCAGUGUGCUAGGCAACCAGGACUUGCACAGAUCUGGGAAGACAUUCUUGGCUUUGAAAAUUGUGAGUUCUAUAUCAAAAGAUGGUCUCAACUAGAUGGCAUGCAGUUUGAAGAUGUCUUAAUAAGCUUUCCAGAUGCCAUUCCUUGUGGGGUCAAGUCUACAUCUUUUGGUGGAAAAAUUAUCUUGAAUCCUGACGAUUCCUAUAUUAUUCAAGAAGGUGACGAGAUUCUUGUCAUAGCAGAAGAUGAUGACACAUAUGCCCCAUCAUCAUUACCAACGAUUUGGAGAGGAAAUCCACCAAAUGACUUCAUUUUACCAAGAUCCUCGGAGAAAAUACUCUUCUGUGGUUGGAGACGAGAUAUGGAAGAUAUGAUAACGGUAUUGGAUGCAUUUCUAGCUCCCGGUUCAGAAUUGUGGAUGUUCAAUGAAGUUCACGAAAAUGAAAGAGAAAGGAAACUCAUUGAAGGCGGCCUUGAAUUAAACCACUUGGUAAAUAUAACAUUGGUCCACCGUGAAGGAAAUGCUGUCAUUCGACGUAAUCUUGAAAGUCUUCCGUUAGAAUCUUUCAAUUCGAUACUAAUUUUGGCCGAUGAAUCGGUUGAAGAUUCAGCCAUGCAAGCUGAUUCCAGAUCUCUAGCUACAUUGCUACUGAUUCGUGACAUUCAGGCUAAGCGUUUGCCAUGUAAUGAAGCGAGGGUCGUUUCCCAAAUUCAAAGAGUUACAUUAUCAAACGGGUCUUGGAUGGGGGAAAUGCAACAGGCUUCCGAUAAAUCAGUGAUAAUCAGUGAGAUUCUAGAUCCGAGGACUAAAAAUCUAUUAUCCAUGUCAAAGAUCAGUGACUAUGUUUUGUCAAAUGAGUUAGUCAGUAUGGCCUUGGCAAUGGUAGCUGAAGACAGACAAAUAAAUAAUGUAUUGGAAGAGCUCUUUGCCGAAGACGGGAAUGAGAUGCAAAUAAGACUGGCAGACCUUUAUCUUCGUGAAGGCGAAGAUCUGAGUUUCUACGAUGUACUUUUGCGUGCACGACGUAGGAGGGAGAUUGUGAUUGGAUAUCGUGUAGCUAAUACCGAUAAAGCUGUCAUAAAUCCCCCAGGAAAACACGAAAAGAGAAAAUGGUCUGUGAACGACGUUUUUGUUGUCAUCGCAGAGAAGGAAUAAGAUACGUGUAUAAUUUUAAAGAUCUUGUAUAUUGCAUAUAUGUUGUACCCAAUCGAGAUAUGAAAUGAUGACAACUACUGAAAGUGAAUCCAAAGCUCUCCUUUCGGGUAUUUUUUUCAAAAGGGAGGGUAGACAGACUUAUAUCAGGGAGCUGAAAGUGAGGUGAACAACUCCCAAGUGAUUCCGCGAAAAACUCUUUUGGCCAAUUAGGGUUUUUGGGCAAUUGUAAAAUUAUUUUUCUGUAGAUUUUUAAAUUUGUGAAAGAAUCACAUGUUUUAGUUGUAAUGAAGUUUGUGUAGAAUUGUUGUUCUUGUAA